AAAACGAAAGGGAAGCAUUUCGGGGUUGGACAUCAGCAGCCUAUAAACAGCGAACUGUGUAAUCGGAGUUUCUUUGGCAAACUUGGCAACAACAGAACGGACGCGACUCUUCACCAAUAUGACUGAGCAUCCAAGCCAUGAAAGAUGAGUUCGAAGACAAAGAAAAAAAGUCGAUCGGGCUUCGGGGCAACAGCUCCGCCGUUCAUUGACUACCUGCAAGAUAUUCUACGACGAUAUCCAGAUGGUGGACAAAUUUUGAAGGAGCUGAUUCAAAAUGCAGAUGAUGGCAAAGCCACAGAAGUGGUUUUCAUCCAUGAUGAGAGAAGCUAUGGGAACAAGAGCCUUUGGACUGAUAACUUGGGAGAAUACCAAGGUCCGGCUCUCUACGCCUACAACAAUGCAGCAUUCACUGAGGAUGACUGGGACGGAAUCCAGAUGGCAGGGAGGAGUGUCAAGCGCAAUGACCCAAACAAAGUUGGGAGGUUUGGAAUCGGCUUCAACUCUGUUUACCACAUAACAGAUGUCCCAAGUAUAUUCAGUUCAGAGCACCUUGGCUUUAUGGACCCCCAAGAAAAAAUAUUUGGAGAAAGAAAGGGAGGUUUUCUGUGGUCUUUGGAUGAUGCAGAACACCAAGAAGCUCUAAUGACUAUGCAUGAUCAGUUCCAACCCUUUCGAGAUAUAGUGUCACUUGUAAGCGGACAAGAAUGGUCAAAAGUCAUCAUGGAGGAUCAGCACUUUGACGGGACAAUUUUUAGGUUCCCCUUGCGCAAAGAGGCAUCAGAUAUUUCAGAUAAUCUAUAUGACUCUGACAAGGUGGUUGAGCUUUUUAAUAGCUUUAUUGCAGAUGCAGAUCUAAGCCUUCUGUUCCUGAAAAAUGUGACUUCUGUGUCCUUGAAGCAUAUUGACGUACACGGCAAUGUUAAUCCCAGACUUGAAGUGAAAUCCUCAGUCCGCACGGAUGUUGUUCUGGAGUCAGAAGAUGACUCAAUCAUUGAGGGUUCAACAAAAUUCAAAUUGAUAACCCUCAACUCAGAAGAAACAAAGUGGCUUGUGACAACGUGUACCAUGAAAGAGGGCAAUUUAGAAAAUCUUGAUUCACUCUCAAAAAAGUUGAGCUUUUUUCCCCAAGUUGACUUGGCAUUCCCUUGUGGUGAGAGGAGAGACUGUAGUAAGAGUAGACUGAGCUGCUUUCUCCCCCUCCCAAACAAUGAAUCCAACAAAACAGGACUCCCCGUUUAUGUCAAUGCAUGCUUUGGCCUCACAGACAACAGAAGAGAGAUCAAGUGGCAAGAGGAAGACCAGAAACAUGACGAACAUGCUGUGUGGAAUGAAUUGCUGAUAAAAGAGGUGCUCCCACAGGCGUACGUCAUGAUCAUUCAAGAUGCUAUCAGACUUGCCCAAGAAUCUUGUCUGCCUGUCUCUUCAGUAUACAAUCUGUGGCCAGAUAUUUCCCAGAUACAGCACAAAGAGAAAUGGUAUGUAGUUGCUCUGGAUGUUCUUCAUCACUUAUUCAGGCAGAAUGUGGCUGUCCUUUCUCUUGCUAAAGAUGAAAAAGAGUUUGUCACUCCAUCAGAAGCUGUGUUCCCCUGUAAUGGUCCAACAAGCCCUGACAUAUUGGCCGCCAUUAAAACAACUUUGGUUUCCUGUGGGGAAAAUCUUGUCACUUUGCCAGGUAGUGUCGCAAGAGCUAUAAAAGAGGCAUAUCCACACUUCAGCACUCUAAAACAUGUGACUCCAACCUUUCUAAGGGACGUUCUCCGCAAGAUUGACGUUCACAGCAUCUCUAAAGACGACAAACUCUGUCUUUUGGAGUACGUUUUGAGUGAUGGAAAAUACAGCGAACUCAAGGGUCUUCAGCUGCUUCCACUCAGCGAUGGUUCUUUCAGAUCUUUCACAGACAAAGAGGAGGACACUGCUUUAAUUGACAGCAAUGAAUUUCCAAGAGCCUUGCUACCCUGCUGCAAACACCUCUUCAUCCCAGAUGAUCUCAGUCCAGCCUGCAGUUCCCACCUGAAAGAACUGGCCGGAAAAAAUUUAUUCAAGGUCAUCAACAUUGCCGUAGACCAGGUGACUGAAUAUACAAGGCGGUAUUUGCCACAGGACUGGAAGCAGAUGAGGACGGGGCUUGUUACUUGGGACAUCAGGAACAGUCAACAUCCACCUUUAUCCUGGUUCCAAGAUUUCUGGAAAUUUCUUAACACACACUACAAAGAGUUAAGUAAUUUAACUGGUAUGCCAUUAAUACCAGUCAGCCCCCUGUCUGUCAGUCAGCCUGUAUCACUAGCAAGAUUAGAGCAGAACACUACCCUAAUUUUUCAGAAAAGCAAGCAGAUGAACUUACCAGAAGAAAUAGCUCAGUUGGUGAACAAAGUUGGUGGCACAGCAGUGACAGGAAACGAGUGGCUCAAGCAUGAAGACCUUGACUCUUAUGUGCUCUGCCCAUCCCCAAGGAGUGUCAUGAAAGUCUUGGUGAAUUUAGAUUCUCAGAAUCUCAUCAGAGAACUCAAGACUGCCUCUCACAUUGCAAGAGAAAAACUGAAAGAUUAUCUCUCUCUUCUGGAUUCUCUCUCAGUCACUGAGAAAGAUUUACUCUCAGAGUUGCCUCUGUUUCAAACCAUGAAAGGAUCCUGUGUUGCAGCUCAAUCAAGACGUGCUGUGCUUCUAAUUUCUGGCCUAAAAGUACCGACAGAGUUUCCUAUGCCAGAUUCAGUUGUGCAGUGUGCUACUGAGGCUGACCGCAGACUGUUACAGCUACUCAAAGUAAAUCUCUUGGACACUGCUGAAGCAGCCAAUCUCCUCAUUGAAUGUAUUGAGAGUAGGGCUUGCAGAAAAGAAGACACUGAGAAAAUGAUGACUUGGAUUUUACAGCAUGGUGAUACCCUUUUCUCUCAAAAUCAGACCCUGAAACACAGAUGUAAGGAGUUGAGCUUCAUUGAAGUUAAUGGAAAGCUCAAAAAGGCCUCAACCUUUUUUGAUCCAAGAAUAAAAUCCUUUAAAGUCCUUUUUGAGUCAGAGUUCUUUCCUCCACCUUUGUACACUCAAACAUCACAGAUGUAUCAAGGCCUCACAGAUCUUGGAUUGCUAAAUAAAGAAGCAGAUGUCUCACCUGAGCACUUGUUGCAUGCUGCCACAUUGAUUGACAAACUGCAUCCUGACUCUCAAACUGAGGCUCUCAAUAGAGCUCAGGUGCUCUUAAAGAUGUUGGAUACUAAUGAUCUACUCUCAAAGUUCUCUCCUGAGCAGCUUUGUCGCCUCAAAAUGCUUAAAUGGGUCCCAUGUGCUGAACCUGGUAAUGAAAAAAAACACUGCAAUGACAGAUCUCAGACAAGUUCUUUCUUUUGCCCGGAUAAAAUAAGAAUUUGCAUUUCUGUUAAUGAGGACAUUGUUGGGCAUGUAAUGCCGCUGGUGGGAAAGUUAAGUGACAGAGUUAGCAGCCAACUUGGUUUUAAACGCCCACCCCCAGCUGAAAAGGUGAUUGAAAAUUUGUGCGUCUUGACAUCGAAAGCAAAGGAAAUAACUGAUCCUGACACAAAUGUGGAUUUCAAAAGGAAGUUGCAUAGCAUUUACAAACACAUGCAAGACCACAUCUCUGAAUUUUCAACAAUGGUGAACACGGACACACCCUGGCUGUGGAGCCACAACCAGUUUGUAUCACCACAGGAUCUGGUUUUAGACUACCCACGUAAUCUUGAUCUGAGCUGUUACAUUGGGAAGGUGCCAAAUGAAUUUUUGCCAUACAAGAAGUUGCUUCUUGAGUUUGGCCUGAAAACAUUGCUGUCAGAUAAAGAAAUUAUUGGCAUUCUUUAUUCUAUCCAACAAACCAUUGAAGGAAGGCAACAGCCAUUUGCAAGUUCCUCUGAGGUAAAAGUGUCAAUAGAAAUUUUUAACUGGCUGUGGAGAGAGAAGAAAACCAUUCAUGAUGACUUCCCAGUGCCAGUCCUAAUAGAGGGAGAACAACAUACACUUAAACCACUGUCAACUGCAGUCUUUUGUGAUGUGAGCAAAAAUGGGUUGAAAGAGCUAAAGAACAGCCAGGAAGAAAUUUAUGUUGUGCAUGAGGAAAUUCCAAAAGCAGCUGCUGAAUGGUUUAACAUCCGAUUUCUCAGUACCUACAUCCUUGAUCCAGAGUUAGUGGGAAUAGAACAAUAUGGACAAUCGGAACCAAUAACAACCAGGAUUAAGAACAUUCUUAAAGAGUAUGAUGAAGAAAGUGACAUAUUCAAAGAGCUUAUUCAAAAUGCAGAAGAUGCUGGGGCAGAAGCAUGUAAAUUCUUAGUGGAUUUCAGAGUGCACAAAGACGCCCCUGAAAGUCUCAUUGACCCUGACAUGACCCUUUGUCAGGGGCCGUGCCUUUGGGCAUUUAAUAAUGAGCAGUUCACAGCUGAGGAUUGGAAAAAUGUUGUCAGAGUUGGCUCUGCCUCAAAGGAAAACAAAGUGGAAAAAAUUGGGAAGUUUGGACUAGGAUUCAAUACUGUGUAUCAUGUGACGGAUGUUCCUUCUAUCCUUAGUGGCAGCAGUCUUCUCAUUCUUGAUCCAAAUGUAACUCACCUAAAGAAACACAUCAAACAUAAAACUAACCCUGGAAUCAAGCUGGAUCUAUCUCAGCAACAUCUUUUUCAUUGGUUUCCUGGUCAGUUUGGACCAUAUGAAUGCAUCUUUGAUUGUAAUUUCAGCAGAAAAAGCCCCCCUGAACCCUAUCCGGGUACUCUGAUCAAACUACCAUUUCGAACUGAGGAAGAGGCUCUCAAGUCAGAAAUAAGUGCAAAGGUGUAUCACAAACCCAACAUCAUCACUUUUCAACAGCACUUUACUAACAAUUCAAAAACUCACCUGCUGUUUUUGAAGAACAUCAAUACAUUAUCACUACAAAGUAUCUCAAGUGAUGCAUCAACUCCACCAAGACAUGACGAAAUAAAAAACGUCUUCACUGUCUCCAAAACCAUUAUAAGUACAAUGAGGAUUCCUGAUGAAACCAAUGUGUCAAAGCAGCAUCAAGCUGAGAAUUUAUUGAUGAAACUUGAUGGAAAAGGCAAAGAAGUAAUUGACUGCUCCACCGUCAACAUUGUCGAAAUAACCAGUCAGCAAUCUGGUGUAACUGAAGUCCAAUCCUGGCUGCUGUACAACUGCUUUGGGACACAUCAGUCUUUACAAAUGGCCCUUCAAAAAAACAGUACAGCAAAGUUCUCUUUGCCCAUUGGGGGGAUUGCUGUGCCUUUGCGAAAAGAUCCAGCAACUGGGAAACUGGUCUCAUUACAAACAGAUCUUGUUGGACAGGCAUUUUGCUUCCUUCCUCUUUCCAUUAAAACUGGUCUACCAGUCAAUGUAAAUGGAACAUUUUCUGUAACAAGCAACCGAAAAGGUCUGUGGGAGAGUGGGGUGAAACAUGACUGGAACAAAGCCCUUCUUCAGGAUCCUGUAGUGGCAGCAUAUGUUACUGCACUUUUGGCACUAAAGAAAAUGUCUGAAAACAAGCAACUGGAAACUUACUGUUAUCACACCUUUUGGCCUGAUAGAGAGAAAGUAAGUGACACUUUCAAGCCUUUGGUAGAUGCCUUGUACUCCGCCAUUGCUCAGCACUCCAUUGGCCUAGAGCUCUUUAGUGAUGGAGAACAUUGGUGCUCAAUGAACAGUGCCAUAUUUCUGCACGAGAACAUCGAAGAGGACAAAGACAUCAAUGCACUUGCAGUGCAGGUAUGCAAGAAACAUGUAAAAGCACCCAACCAUGUUAUUACUCUUCCACUGUGGUUGAGAAACAGCUUAAAACAAUCUGGCCUAGAGGAGGUGUUACAGAACAGAACAUGGAACUGGGACGAGUUUUACCAAGAAGCAGUGUUUAACAACCUUGGUACCAUGGACCCUGAGAGUAGAGAUGCUCUUGUGUUGCAUGCUAUUGACCUUAAUGUCAAAGAAAUUGACAAGCUACUGGUCUGCUAUCCAUGCAUCCCCACAAAAAGCGGACAGCUCCAGCAUAUUAGGAAACUUGUGAAUCCGUCAGGAAAGGUGGCCUGUCUUUUUGAAACAGAAGAAGGACGUUUGCUUGGUGGGACUGAAGAUGACUUUUGCUCGCCCAAAAGGAUUAAACGCUUGUUGGAACUUGGAAUGGCAAAUGAUCAUCUCCCAUUGGAAGACAUCACAGAGAUAGCAGGCACAAUCUCCAAAACCUGGAGCACUGACAAAAAGAAAGCAUACAGACAUUUGAAUUGUCUUCUCGAACUUAUGAACAAUCAUGUGAAUGAUGGGGACUCUCUCCACUGGGAAACACUGAGAAUGACUGAAUUUCUCCCAGCAUUUCUCCCCGGUGAUACAAAAUUGGAAAGAAAUCCAACACUGAGAAGGCCCACUGAAAUAUUUAGUGACAAAUGCUCCCCACUUGUUAACAUGACACAACACAUGCUGGAUCAUACCAAUCUGAGAAUACACAACACUAAUCCAGUACUGCAAAUGUUGGGAGUUCAUCACAGUCCAAGUCAUGAGGAAGUGCUUCAGCAGCUGCAAGAAGCAUGUGAGCAAUCUCCAUCCAUUGACAGUUCAAUGCUUCACAAAAUAGCAUAUGAAUGCUAUAAGUUUCUGGAUCAGUGGCUAAAGGAUUCUGGGGAAUCCACUUUCAUUUCACAACGGGCAAAUUCAUUCCCAUUCAUUCUUGUUGGCAGCACAUUUGUCAAUGUGAGUCGUGUAGCCGAAAAUGAGCAAUUUGAAGCAAAACCCUAUCUCUAUUUACUUCCACCUGCCUUUAAUGUUUUCAAUAGCCUCUGGGAAAGCGUAGGUGUUGAGAAAUGUUUUACAAGAAGUCAGUUUUUAACUGUGCUUCAGGAAUUGCACUCUCAACAUGGUAACAAGACCCUAACAAAGAGUGGCCUAUCAAUUUGCCACACAAUUUUAACAGCCAUGUUUGAGUCCAAAGAGAAAACAACGGGAGACUUUAUGAUACCCAACCAACAUGGAGUAUUACAACCUGCAAGUGAAAUGUUUUAUGACGACAGCCCAUGGAUGCCAGUCACUUCAGGUGUCACAUUAUGUCACGAAAUAAUCUCACGUGUUAUGGCUCGCCACUUUGGAAUCAAAACUACCAGGCAUCACACCCUGCAAAACCACAUAGUUGAGAACAUUUCACCAUUUGCUUUUCAGUUUCAACAGCAGGAACAACUAACUGUUCGAAUUAAAAAUAUAAUUUCAGCCUAUCCAUCGAAGAAGGAUAUCCUUAAAGAGCUUAUCCAAAAUGCUGAUGAUGCAGAGGCAACAGAAAUUCACUUUGUUUGGGAUCAACGACAGCAUGGCAAAGAAAGAACCUUUGGGAAGAAAUGGAACCAACUGCAGGGUCCAGCACUGUGUGUGUUUAACAACAAAGUGUUUUCUGAUGCUGACCUGGCUGGCAUUCAACAGCUGGGAGAAGGAGGAAAGCACAACUCUCCAGGGAAGAUAGGAAAAUACGGAGUAGGAUUCAACUCUGUUUACCAUCUGACUGACUGCCCCUCAAUUCUCACUGGCGAUGAAAAACUCUGCAUUUCUGAUCCUAAUCAAAAAUACAUUGAAAGUAAUUCAGACAAACCACCAACUGGCACUGGCUAUAAACUAGCUGAGACUUUCAAGAACAUGUACAUCGAUGUCUACAAAUCCUUUCUUCCUGACAAAUUUUCACUUAAAGAGGGCACCAUGUUCAGAUUACCUCUAAGGAUGGGUAACAUGGCAAAAAGCUCUAAAAUAUCACAGCAGGGAGUCACUGAUCAUGACAUGAAAGAACUAUGCUCUGCCCUCGCUGAAGAUCCUGAAGGACUUAUUCUGUUCCUGAAAAACAUCUGCAAAAUAGAAGUCCAUGAAAUCAGUGAAAAUUCAGAGGAACUCAAAACCAUCUUCAUGGUUGAAAAAAGUAUACCACAGAAAAGCAGAGACGUAAAAGAUGCUUUUGUAAAACUUCAACAAAAUGCGCUGCAAUCUGACAAACCAGUAACGCCAGACAAGGCCAUUUAUGGAACCAUGAUUUCAACCUCAAAUAAAAAACAAACUAGAUGGAUCAUUGCAGAACAGUUUGGCUCAUUCAAAAGCAGUGGUGAUGGAGAACUAUCAGACAAACUUCCCCAAGCAGCAAUAGCAGCUUGUGUGAGCUCAAAGAGUUCAAAUCCAGCAUUAUUCAUCCCUAAGGAUUUUGUUGGAGCAGCCUUUUGUUCACUUCCUUUGCCUGGGAAAACUGGACUGCCAGUGCAUGUCAAUGCAAACUUUGAGGUAGAUUCUGGCAGAAGAGCCCUUUGGAAAGAAGAUGGGCAAAGUCAAAAAUCUAACUGGAAUGAAUCUUUGAAACAGAAUGUCCUUGCUCCACUGUAUGCAGAUAUCCUUCAUCACAUCAGAUGUAGCAUUGCAAAAAACGAAUUGAAGUAUUCACGUAUUGAGUCAUGCUUCAGUAGCUCAUACUUGUGUUUUUGGCCUACUGUGUCCAAAUAUGUGGGCCAGGAGUGGCAUGAAAUGAUACACGAGGUAUACAGAUCAAUUAAAGAAAGAAGCCUUAAUCUUAUUCCAGUGAUGAGGAGUUCAACACGUGUAAUUGCAGGCAGAGAAGUUAAGGAAUACUCUUUUGACUGGUGUAAUGUCGGAGAAACUGAAACAACAAAGGCACCUUACUUGGCAAAUGAAGUAAAUGACCAGAUGUGUUCAAUUUUGGAAGAUCUUGGAAUGAAAUUGGUCCCUUCUCUCAUGCAACAAGUUUGGAAAAGUUUCAAAUCUGCUAACAUUGAAGUGAAAUAUGUGAAACCUUCAACUGUCCAGGCUUUCCUGAGAGAAAAACCCCUCAAUGACCCAACCCAAACAGAUGAAGAUUUACCGCUGCCAAUAAAUGCCACUCUAAUCAAAGAUGAAACAAGAUGUUCAAAGCUCUUGAGUUUCUGCUUAACUGGUGUGAAAAUGACCGAGGACAAUUCCAGUUUACUGAAUGGGCUUCCACUUCUUCUCACAAGAGAUAAAGUUUUGAGAGUGUUUAACACCAACUCUCCCAAGCUGAUAACAAAAUAUGACAGUCUGUUCUUUGGCUACGAGGAGCAAUUUGCAGAUUAUAUGAUCAACAGUAGCCACAUGGAUGUUCUACAAACUUUAAAACUUGUCAAUCAUUUGACAGUUCCCCGUGCAGCGGAAUAUCUGAAGCCCUUAAUUCAGCAGCUUCUUCAGAACUGUGAAGUUGAUCCCCAAAGUGGUCUUCAUGUCCCAAACAAGAUAAUGCUGCAGUGGUUGAACUCACUUUGGAAGUUCUUAAUGAACGAAAUCAAGCCUGGUGAUGAUAAAAGUCUAACAUUAAGUGAUGUGAGAAAGCUUUUCAAUGACUGCUGCAUUUUACCAGUUGUGUCUCCAAGGUUGAAAGACAAGCACUUCCUGCAAAGAAUGAAAGACAUGCAGAGUGUUAUUAAGGCAGAAGGAGACAUAUCAGGCAUUCUCUUUAAACUUGGUUUUAUGAAGUUUGACAGUCAGUUCUUUUCUGUGUUGGAUGUGGAGAAACGUUUACUUCUAUACUCUGAACUUAUGGAUGUGAAUGAUAAAAGCUCUGUGUUGGACCAGGUCUACAACAUUGACCACUCCGAGUUUUCCCAGAUUUCCAUUGAUGAGAUGAAAGAGCUUCAGCGUUUCCUGCAGUAUGGAGUAACCAACUCCAAAGACAAAAAAGAGUACCAAAGAAAGCUCAAAUCCUUGCCUAUAUUUGAAACAAUACAUGGUAACCGAGUGAGGAUUGAUGGACCUAAAGAGGUAUUUGUCCUCAACAGCACAUGUUCAAAGACAUUGCCUGAUUUGUUCAACCUGCCCAACAGCAACAGCAUUUUUCUCAAACACAAUCCAGAAAACUGCAGUCUUUCAGAAACAUUGAACAUCCAAAUCCUGACCGAUUUGGACUAUUUCAUGAAGUUCAUUCUGCCUGUUGUACACACACUUACAGAGAUGCAGAUGCUUCAGUGCCUCAAACUGUUACUGUUGCCACAAUUCAGUUAUUUUCAGAACAAGGACACAAUUAUCUCCUCAAUGAAAACAGUCAAAUUGAUUCGCAGUUCCCAAGGCAGAUUGGAGACUGUAUCAUACUACUUUGACGAGAGUGUGGAGCUAUACAAGAAAAUGUUGCCCCAAGAGAGAUUUGUGCCUAAGAGAUUUUGGACUGAGUUGUGUAAAGGAAAUCAAGAAACUGAAAGAUCAAAAGAAGAAAAGUUGCUCAGAGAGCUUGGAAUGAAGCAUGUUGUGUCAACAGAUGACAUAAUAAAUUUUGCACAACAGUUAGAAUUAGAAGCAAAAGGAAACAGUCAACUUGGAGAGUUGAAAUUGAAAUCAUCUUUAAUUUUCAAAGCAGCCUUGGCUAUCGUGAACAACGACAAAAACAAAGAGGAAAGGUUGCUGGAGAAUAUAGCUGACAUCAAGUUCAUUUUUCCUGUUAAAAUUAAAAAAGAACUGUGCAACUUUCACCAACCAUUUGCUGCUGAGAAUAAUGCUGUUAAAAUAAGAGGAUCUUUGAUUGAAAGUGAUCCUAAGCAUCAAGAACUUAUUUGGUCUUCAAUGUCAAUUAUACAUCUACCGGUUUAUAAGUCACAGAAGCUCUUGUCAAUGCUGAAAAAUGCAGGAAUGCAUGAACAACCACCUUCACACUGUGUAACCAGUAACAUGAGCAACAUCUGUCAGUCGCCCUGUAAGUCUGACCAGUUGAUCAAAACCCGUGCUAAUGUGUUUCGAAGUGCGUAUGCCUACCUGCAAGCAAACAGGUUUGAAGGCCAACCACUAGCUGGUCUUCCUGUUGUGUUGGUUGAAAAAGACAUAGAACUUGUAAGGACUGAUGAUACUACUUUUUCACUCCCCCAUGACCGUGAUUUCAGACCGUAUUUGUACAAGAUAUCUCCACAGGAUGUCAUGUUUGCAGAGUUCUUCAAGAAAAUUGGUGUAAAGGACCAACCUACUGCAGAGCAGUAUUGUAAUGUUCUAGCAGGAGUUUAUGCUGAUUCCUGUGAUAAACCACAACCUAACCAGAACCAACAGAAAACUGUGAAACGUGCUGUUCAGCAGUUUUUCAUGUUAAUCAAAACUCAAGGAAACCAGCUUGUUGUUGACGAUGUAAAGACUUUGUAUCUUCCUGCAGUAGAUGGUAAAUUGUACCCAUCACACACACUACACUACAACGAUACAACGUUUGAGACCAAAAGGUUGGAAGAAGCGCUGGAAAACAAGUUCCUGUUGUUGGAGAAACUCUGUGAAUGUCAUUUGCACAGUGACAUUUAUGAGCAUCAUCGGUUGCUGCAAUUGCUGCCUCAGAAUUGUAAGCCUAAAAUGCUGUCUCAGUUCACGGAGGAGAAAGUAGUGGAAUCACACAUGGAGCUUUGUGAGUUUGGGACUGACUGUGAAUUUAGUGGAUGGUUUAACAAACAUCUGUCCUCAGAAGCAUUUACACAUGGACUGAUUUGUCUUAUCAGAGCGCAGUCUGAGGGAGAAAUAACACAAGAAGAAGCUACUGACAUGUGCAAGAAGACAUUUGGGGGUAUUGAGAUUAUCUGCUGCAAAAGUCUGAAAACUAAGCUUUGGGUGAAUGAACAGCCACUACACAAAACUGCCACUGAAACCAAUGUUUUUGUCAAACGAGGGCAACAUGGUUGCAUCUUUUACUUGAAACACAACAAUGACACAGCUCCCAAGAUAAUAAGUGACAUCAACAUGACAUUAACAAAGGAGAUUAAUGCUCUUUUAGGCAACAGAAUGGGAUCAAAUCUCCUCCUAGUCCUUGCACAUCUUCUCAUGUGUGACAGUCUGCAAGAUGUUCAGAAAUUUCUGGCUGUUAAUGGGAUCCAUGACAGUGCUGAACCUAAAAGCUUCACCCGUAAUCCACCAGCCGCUGGAACACAAAUUCCAGAGGAAUGGCUUGAUUCCUUAGACAUGAACAUCCUCAAUAACUUUGAAGAGGGGGAAUAUGUUGGCUACAGCACUGACAACAAGUUUAUUUAUGCAGUUAUUGUUGAAAAACUGCCUCUGCACACUGGACCAUAUUCACAGAGAUACAAAAUAGAAAUUGGAGAAGAUGAGCCAAUUGAAGUCAGUUGUCUUGACCUGUAUCAGUUUAAGCGACAAAAGAAGCCAGAAUCUAAAGGGAGGACAUGCACAUCUGCCGAAGCUUCUUGCAUGGAGCUGGUGCCACUAGCAGGAGCUGAGCCACAUUCUUCCAAACCAUCAACCACAAGUUCCUCCUCUACGAGAUCCUCACCAGCCUCUGUUGAUGAAGCUAAAAGGGAAAUUGACAAAUGUUUGGCAGAUAUCUGGAUUCUUCCUGAGGAGGAGAGGCUCAAAGCCAUCAAACGGCUGUACCUUAGAUGGCAUCCUGACAAAAACUUGGACUGCCCUCUUCUUGCCACCGAGGCAUUCAAAUACUUGCAGAAUCAAAUCCAUGACCUUAGUAAAGGUAAAGGUAAAGGGAAAGGCAAAACUGCAGGUUCCUCCUAUCCAAACGGAAACUCAAACUUCAGUAACUUCUAUCAGCAAUGGAAUCAGGAGGCCAGACAUCACAGGAAUGGCCGAGAGAGAUUCUCUAGAGACAACCAUUCCUACAACUUUUGGACCCAUAAUGAAAAUGUCCCCAAGCCGAACAAAGAGGAGGCCCAGCGGUGGUGUAGACAAGCUCGCUGCGAUCUUAACGCAGCUCACAAAGAUGUUGGUGGGGAGAGCACAGAGUGGUGUCUGUUCAAAAUUCACCAAGCAGUGGAAAAGUCUCUCAUAGCUGCAAAAUAUAAAAGAGAUGGUCGACAUCCCAAUAGCAGCUCUAUUUCAGCCCUUGCUGCACAAGUGUCCCUCUACAACCUCCAACUGACAGUUCUGCCCCAAAUUGUGGAGAAUCUGAAGAUGCUGGGAGUGGAUGCCAAGAAGACGCAGUAUCCCAACUGCCAUCCAUUUCCCCACAUUCCUAAUGAAAGGUUCCAAUUAGAGAAUGAAGUGUUAGCACUGGAAAAGGCAUCUGAGCUUCUUGGUAAAGUAGAGGCAUAUGUGAACUAGGGGUUCAGGAUAAACCAACAUGUUAUAUUUGCGGAGUCAAUUUAAGAUGUUUUGACAUGGCUUAUAACCAUGUUGUGAUAUUGAAACAAUAUUGUAAACAAAACAUUUUUGAAAUGAAAAAGAUUGUUUUGUUUGUGACUUAUUACUGAAGACUCAUUCAUUUAUCACUAUAUACAUUUGUUAUAAAAAAAUCUUAAUAUCAAAGCAUUUUGUGCAACAUUUUGUUUUUUUCAUUGUCAACAUUUUGAAUCAGUGAGGACCAAUUUACUAUCUAUUACUUUAUGAAAAUGCAACAGUUUUUUUAUAAACUUUUAUGACUACAUGUUACAUUAUGAAGAUGUUAAAGUUGUUUAGCAGUGUUGUAAACAUUUAAAACUACUUUUCUGUUAGGACCAAUAUAAUCUCUGUAUGGUUUCAAACAUCUUGCAAAAGAACUGAAUUUGAAGAUUAGCCAUCUAGCUAACACUGAU